UCUCAUGUUUUCAAUAUUAGUAAUCCUUAUCUUUAUUACUGGACUAUUGUUUCCCGCGAAAACCAUAUACCAUCGUCGGUGCCAUAUUCGUUUCUGGGGGUGUUGAUUUGAUUGUUUCGCGGUGGAAGAAGAUCCUAAAGUAUUAUUUCAUAUAGGGGUGGGCAACGGGAAACGGGUAUUUGGGUACACCCAUACCCGUCCCGUUUUUUGAGGGUUACGGGUACCCAUAUUACCCGUAAAAUUAUUAACGGACGGGACUUGGGACUGUACAUUUCCACAAUGGGUACCCGCGGGCCGCGGGUUACCCGCAAAUACCCGUUUGGGUAAUAUGGGUACCCGUUUUACCCAUUCAAAAAUUACACAGGCCCAGGCCCAUCUUCCUUCCGGCCCAUGCGCGCAGCCCAGCCACAGAACCCUUUCUUCGGCCAUUCGCGCAGCGCUCUAGCCUGAUUCCCAAACCCUUCCCAAAAUCCUCCAGACUAGCCGACCAGUCCUCCUCUCGACCUCUCCUCGACAGCAACGACAUGCAGGCGCACCGCCACCCCUUAGCCAGUGCCCAGUAGCCCCCAACAGCCAUCCUCACGCAGUCACCGUUAUUGACUCGCUGUAGCAGUCACCGUUCCAAUUCCAAUCGCCGUAUCCCUCAGGUUUAAUUUUUCUUUCCCUUUCUUAAUCUAAGUUAUGAUUGAGUAAAUGGGUUAUGUGUCACUGAUUGUUGGGAUUUUGCAGGACAAAGCUGGAUGUGAGAGAGAAUUGGCUAUUCAAUUUGGAUGUGUUAGGAUCAUUCCUUCCGUGCAGAGGAGUCGAACGAUGACAGCUCACCUCUCCAAUUUCAAUCGCCGAAAUACCUCAGGUGAUGACUUAUGACUCUAUGAUGCGAAAGUUCAUAAAUGAAGGAGAACUAGAUUGAACCUCUAUACUUUGAUUUGUUUCGGUUUUUCCAUGGUGUUUGUAUUUUGAUUUUUGGGUGACAUUUGCUAUAUUUUUCUGCCCUGCUUUCCCCUUGACUGUGUUGUUAUUAUGUAGAACACUUGGUGAAUUUUUGUGCCCUGCUUCUCCCUUUAAUUUGUUGAUAAUGGAACUGCUGAUUUGCAGCAGGCGGUAGCAGCUUGAACAGCAGCAGCUCGAUGGUGGGCAGCAGAAUAGCAGCAGCUUGCCUCCCCAGUUCGAAUUGUUGAAUGGAGCUUUUUAUUUUAAGCAGAACAGUAGCAACCAACAGCUCUUUUUAGUUGUUAUGGGUGUUGGAAUGUUUAUUUCUAUGCGUUGUGAUUGUUCAUGAAUGUGUAGUUUACAAACCGAGUUUUUGUGAUUGGGAAUUUGGAAUGGAUUUUGUGAUUGUUAAGCAAGUACAAAUUAAGUUCAAACUUUUGUUAAAAAAAUUUUGAUUCAAACUUUUGGUAUUUAUGGGUAAUAUGGGUACCCGUUAUCCGUCCCAUACGGAUAAUGGGUCCCCGUUUAUUCAAACAGGUUAGGACAUGAAAUGGAUUUGAUCUCCAAACGGGAUUGGUUAACUGUUUCAAUUGGAAUAUUGGAUCCAAUUGUUAAAAUCCAUUAGUUGGGUGCUCUUACUUUAAUAUGCAUUCUUAGGAGGGACGUAUUUGUAUAAUCCCUUCCCUCCACAUCUAUAUCCGAAGUCCGAACCAAAUUCCCUCCCUUCGUCCCCCCACUUUCCCUCGUUUUCUGCUCUUCGUUUACCUUCAUCCCUCCCGCUUUUUUCCCUUUUCUUUUCCAUUUUCCUCGCUUCCAAACACCCGUUUCCCUAACCGGCCAGAUCUCCACGACUCCACCGGAUUCCAACUCCAAUUCCCCACAAUUCCAGUUCCCGCCAUCGCUAACUGAACAAUUUCCCCAAAUCUCCUCCAACUUUGCCGGUCCUCUUCACUUCGUCGAGCACCACGGAUGUCGAAUUCCGAGCCUCCUACUGGUCCCGGAGCGACGCCGCCGCCGCCGAAUCAACAGCGGCAGAGCACUCCCUCCACCGCCGUCUCGUCCCCGUCCUUUAAUGUGCCGAAACGUCAGCUGGCCUUCUCUUCCGUGAAGCCGCCGUUCUCGUCUCCUGGCGACUAUCAUCGAUUCACUACUGACCCUCGCCGCGCCGCUGAUCAGGAGCCCGAGGGGAUCGUCGUCAAAUCGCCUCCAUUAAAACAGACGGGUGAUACAGCAGCACACGAAACUGAGUCUAGCGACUGGAAUAUUACUUCUGCAUACACUGAAGUUGCAAACACUCCCAUUCGCACACCCUUGUCAGGUAAAGGUGGAAAAGCUCCUAAGGCUUCCAAGGGUUCAAGGAGCACUAAAUCUGCACAGCAGAAUGCCAAUGCAAAUAUUGGUUCACCUGGCAAUAAUCUUACUCCAACUGGUCCUUGCCGUUACGACAGCUCUCUUGGUCUCUUAACUAAGAAAUUCAUCAAUUUGUUCAAACAUGCUGAAGAUGGGAUUCUCGAUCUCAAUAAAGCUGCUGACACUUUAGAGGUUCAAAAAAGACGCAUAUAUGACAUAACAAAUGUGCUGGAAGGAAUUGGUAUGAUAGAAAAGAAGCUCAAGAACAGAAUUCAAUGGAAGGGACUUGAUGUCACACGCCCAGGAGAGACAGAUGAGAGUGCGACUAGUUUGCAGGCAGAAGUUGAAAAUCUCACAAUUGAGGAACGCAACUUCGAUGAGCGGAUAAGGGAAAUGCAAGAGAGGUUGACAGCCCUCAGUGAGGAUGGCAACAAUCAAAGGUUUCUUUUUGUCACCGAGGAUGAUAUCAAGACCUUACCUUGCUUCCAGAAUGAAACACUAAUAGCUAUCAAAGCUCCACAUGGUACUACAUUGGAAGUUCCUGAUCCUGACGAGGCUGUUGACCAUGCUCAGAGAAGAUACAGGAUCGUGGUCAGAAGUACAAUGGGCCCAGUAGAUGUCUAUCUUGUCAGCAAAUUUGAAGAGAAGUUUGAGGAGAUCCAGGGAGUUGAACCCCCAGCUCCUAGCCUUCCAUCUACCUCUGGCGUAAACGAUAAUCCCGCGACUAGCACAGUGGUUAAAGAGGAGAGCAGUGAAGGAAAGGAGAUUGCAGGAAUGGAGGAGGGACAUGAUGUUCUUAACUCUGAACAGGAUUUUUUCAGUGGCAUCAUGAAGAUUGUUCCUAGUGAUGCUGAUAGUGAUGCAGAUUACUGGCUUUUGUCGGACGCCGGUGUUAGCAUCACAGACAUAUGGCGAACUGAUCCCGGGCUUGAAUGGAACGAGCUUGGUGGACUCCAUGAUGACUAUGGCAUUUCAGGUAUCAGCAGCAGCAUGCCAGCAAAUCCUCAAACUCCUCCUCCUUCCAAUCCAACCACAGAACCGCCACCUUCUGCUGCAAACGCCACACCACGGUGAAACUAUGUCACUCUGCUCCUAGAUAUCACAUCACUGUAAAGAGAAGAAACUGCUGCAGAACGCGCCCAGUGGCAGCCUGUGUUCAAU